GGUAGUCGGUAGUGGCAGUAUACAUAUGUAUAGUACCAGAAAGGUAAAUUUUCUACGCGUUGAUGUCUAUUAAAAUCGUUGAAAGAGGAAGAAAUAAUUAAUUAAUCGAAACGCACUUAUUUAUCUAAGAAGACAAAAUGGGAAAAGGGUUUAAUAAUUACAUGUGCAAAAAGUUUUUUCAUCCAGCAUCUCGAGAUAACUUAAAACGAGUAUGGAUGGCUGAACAGCAGGCUGAAGCAUAUAAGAAAAAACAAGAAGAAUUGCGCGUUCAGUAUGAAAAAGAACAAGAUCUUCAUAAUAACAAAGCUUUAUUAAGUAAAGAAAGUAAAGAUAAGCUAAGCGUAAACUUCAUGUAUGAACCACCACCUGGAGCAAAAAAGGAAAGAGAAAAAGAAGAUAACGAACCAGAAUAUAAGUUUGAGUGGCAACGCAAAUAUAAUGCACCACGAGAAAGUUACUGUAAAGGAGACAGUGAAAUAAGAGAUCAACCGUUUGGUAUUCAAGUGCGUAACGUACGUUGUAUUAAAUGUCACAAGUGGGGACAUAUAAAUACAGAUAAAGAAUGCCCGUUGUAUAGUCAAGCGAUGAGCGUAGUAAUGGCAAAUAAUUCGCAAACCCCGUCAGCUCCAGAUGCAUUAACGUUGGUUCAACAAAUGAGGGAAGAUGGUUUAGCGCUUAAAAAAUCCGCUCUAAGUGCUCAACAACAUUUACGAGUCCCUGAGCAUGAACAUCUUAUGGUUUCGGACGAUGAGGAACAAUCGGAAAUCACGUUUUUAAAAACUCUUUCUAAGACAGAAAAGAAAAAAUUGCUAAAGAAAUUGCAACAACUUGAAAAAAAAAACAAAAAAGUAGAAAAACAGAAAUUAAAGAAACACAAAGUUACGCAUAAAUCUAGAAACUACAAUGAUAAAGAUAGCAAUAGCAGUUAUAGCACUGGUAUCAAUAGCAAUAGCAAGAAAAGGAACAGAAGUAGUAGCAGUAGCAGUAGCAGUAGCAGUAGCAGUAGCAGUAGCAAUAGCAGCAGCAGUACUAGCACCAGUAGCAGCAGCAGUAUCAGUAGCAGUAGCAGCAGCAGCAGCAGUAGCAGCACUAGUGGUACCAGUACCAGUUUUGAUACAGAUAAACAUAGUGUAAAUAAUAUUGAUAAUAAAACUUGUAACGGUUAUACAUCAAAUAAGUCGAAAAAAAGGAGAAACCUAGAGAAGAAGAAGAAGAAGAAGAAAGAAAAAGCAGAUUCCGUUUCAAAUGGUAACGUUAAAUAUCGUCGAAAGAAAGAAAAAAAUAAAGCAAAGAGUCGGAAGGGAGAAAAUGAAUUUAAAUAUGAAAGAAAAAAUAAACGCAAAAAGUCGCAUCAAAGAGAUGCAAAGAAAAGGAGAACUAGAGAUUCUUUCACUGAUAAAAAAAGAAAAAUCUCAGAAUUUAACGAGGAUAAAAAUAAAGAUCAUGAAUCUAAAAAGAAAAUAAGACGAUUUUAAGAUUGUGUUUCUGUAUGUUGAAAAUAUAUGAUAAAUUAGAUUAGAAUAUCGUAUACGUAUAAGCGCGCACCUAUAUUUCCUGUUAUUACAGAGCACAAAAUACAGAAAUAAAAUAAAACGUACGCAUGUAUAUUUUUCAUCUACUUGCAAUAGAUAAUACGAUAGAACAUGAACGUAAUUGUUAAUUUUACUAUAAUACUAAACUAUAUAGUGGAUUUAAAACAUUAUUAUUUUAAACUUUUGUAACGGUAUAACUUUUGAUAAAUAUUUUAUGCGGAAAGAAGACGCAAAAAAAAUUCUUUAACGACUGUUUCUUCAGAUUUCUUCUUACUAUUCUAAUUAUAAAACUGAUAUUUCAUUACAUCUAAUAAUAAUGUUACUCGUUAAAAUAAUAUUAGCAAUUUCUUUUCUUUUGAAAUUGUCUCACAGAAGAUAGUAACUUGUUGAUAAAUAUUUCAACAUUAUAUAUACAAAAACGAGGUAAAAUCUUCACUAAAUAUAGUACAAUGUUGCUAUUAGAUUAUUUUAAAUAGACAUAUACGCAUACAUGUUUAAAAUUAGAACGUUCACUUCUUUACGUUACAAUAUUUUUAUAGAAGGUAUAGAAAUAAAACGUUCGUUACAUUUCGAGUCGAAAGAAACACAACAGAGCAGCAUUUUCGUAUCUUUCAAAUUACAUAUACAUGUGUAUAUAUAUAUAUAUAUACGUAUGUAUUUAUGCAUAUAUUUAUCUUACAAAGUAUCAAUUUAUCACUCUUAAUAUUUUUCUUUUAUAACACAAUUAACUAUUAACAAGAAUUUUUAACUUAGUCACUACACACGCGUGCCUGUGCGAGUGUGCAUAUAUUUUUUCUAUGUAAAGUUAAAUACUAUUCAGCUGGUAGCUGUGAACACUUGGGCAGUUUAAUUUUUUCAUAUAAUUGUCACUUUCACAAUAAUUAUACGAAGUAGAAUCGGACUGAUUCAGCAAAAAGAUAUGAAAUUAAGUCAGAAGUGAAAUUAAUUCAUAGACUCACAAAAACAAUCGUACCUUUUUUUUUUUCUUUCUCCGAUUCUACUGUAAAGAAAAAUCAGCGCAGUUUUUACCUUUUUAUCACCUGAAGUGAAUUGAUUUUAUACUAAUGGCAGAACAAGACUUUCGAGUCUAAUUGAAUUCAACGCUCUAGUCUAGUUUAGAACAUAAUCAGCACGAACUCCAUCACAUUACGUUUAUACAAAAUAUUUAAAUUACUUUGGAAUGUACGUUUCCAUAAACGUUUCUUCUCAAAUCAUGCGGUGAAUUGAAAAAGCAAUUAAACAAAUUUGUGAUUUUUACAAGAAAAAAAAUAACAGUACAUUCUUUGUAUUUUUUUUCCCCCCACUUUUUAGAAGAAUUUUUUGAAAUAUUCAAAUGAAAUAAUCUUAUUGAUCUAAUCGGUAUACAUAUAUAUGUACUAAUAGUGAACAUUUAAAAAAUUUGAAUUAGUAGUUGCAAUGAUGUGAUAUUAUUUUACAUCAAAAAUAUUUUUUAUAUCUUUCAACAGUACAGCGUCCAUCUCAAAAAAGAAUGUACUUGUUAUUAUUAGAUACCUACAUAUAUUUACAUAAUGAAAAUACAUAUUUUAAUUCUUUACACCAUAAAUAAUCGUCAGUCACAUCAGAACAGGCCUACAUAAGAUUUGUACAGGAGUAGCACCACUGCUCUAUAAGCGUAAACUCCUUUUGACGUUUAGAAUCGUGUGUUUCUAAAUAUACAUACGUAAGUAAAUUGCGAUAUUCACUAAAUGUGACAUUUAGAUUAUUGAAACAAGAAAAAUAAGUAAGCUAGAAAAUAUUUUUUGGUUCUACCGAGCCUAAAGUGGAAAUUUAAUAUUUUCUCGCAUAUUUAUGUAUAUAAAUCACUAAAAACGAUUCGUUAGUUAAUUUAUAUCCAUCGUUCGAGAUUUUUUUUUUUCUUUUCAUCGUAUCAUUUAAACGUACUGCGCGAUGUUUAAAAAUUGAAAAGUGGACCGAUAUCUUUCAUUUCAGUAUCUUCCAUAUUAUUUGAACCUACUACGUGAUGCCUAGAAAUGAAAGAAACAACUGUUUCAAGUAAAAAAAUAUAAGUUACAAAGGAAAAAUCAAUACGAUUACAUUUAUACAUAAAAACUAUUCACAAUUCUUUUAGUACCUGUAUUGAUGAAAAUGUGACGACGUACGAAGAUGGGCAUCGGGUGAUCUUGAAGGCAAAUUGUGAAGGCUUCCGCUAAAUCCUGUACUUAAAAGACCUUUUCGAGGGCUUCUAGCAUUUACGACUCUUGGUUGUGCAUACAUUUCUUCCAGAACACUGGGUGCAACGUAUGUAAAGCCCUG